AUGAUCUAUUUAGAAAAAUGUUCAGAACACUCUGAAGAUAUUGUGGCAAUAGACAUAAAAGAAUAAAGUGCUUAAAAGAGAGGGUUAUGCACAAAAUGUUGGGCUGUAAAAGAUAAAAAAGAAGUCAUGCAUAUUUAAGAUUCUAUCAAUUAGAUUAAUUAAGCUAAGCAGUUACUUAAAGAAGAUAGAACGCAUUAAUUAUAAAUUAAUCUAGAAAAUAUAUAUAAAUUAAGUGAAAGUCUUGAUUAGUUGAAAAUUUUCUAUAUCUAAUAAAUUGAGUAGAUUAGUACUUCUAUUAAAAAGUGGACAUAAUCAAUUUAAAAGAUAGAAGAAGACUUUAUGAAUAAAGUCUAGUCACAAAAAUCUAAUGAUUAUUAAAUUUUUUUAAGAUUUAUAAAAGAAGAAGAGAACAAUUUUAAAUUAAAUUAGACAGCAUUUUUAAAGGAUAUUGAUUAGUUAAUUCAAACUUUGGAUUAACCAGAAUUAUUAAGCAAAUGUAUAUUAAACUUAAAAAAGACAUUUGUUAUUGAAACAAUAAUUGAAAAAGAGCAUCAUGAUGAAGAAAUAUAAGUAAGAAAACUUAAUAUAUUUUAGAAUUUAAAUCUGUUAUGUGAGGAUCAUUAAGAGAAGAUUAUUCUAUUUGACUUAAGUUAAGAAAGAACAAGUUCAAAGCGGAUUGUUUGUUAAUAUUGUUUAGAUAGUUAUUCUUCGCUUAACUAUAAAUCAGUAAAAUUUGUCUAAAAUUAAUGGAGAGAAAUUUCUUAAAAUAGAUUGGAAAACAUGCAGAAUCAUUCAAAUUAAUUAAAAAAUAAAAUUAAAUCUAUCUCUGAAAGUUUUGGAAUUCUGAAAAAAGACUUAAUUAAAUCUCUAGAUAACGCAAAUAAGAAUUUAUAAGAUCAUUAUGAUGAAUAUUCAAUUAAAUUAGAUUCAACUAGAUUAUAAAUGAAUAAAUCUUGGGAAGAAAUGUCUAAGGAAGAAAUUAUUAAAAUUUUAUUAGAACUCAGCAACUUAAAUAACUAAUCUAUAUCUGUAGAUCCAUUAUUAAAUGAAUAUAACUAUUAAGAUAAUUAAAUAAAUGAAGUUAUAAAAGAUACUGUAUUAUGUUUAUAAGAAUGUUAAGAAAGUUAAUAUAAUAAAAUAAAUGGAUUAACUAAUAAUAUAUUAAUAGUGAAUGAUAUGAAAAGUAAAGUAAAAGAAAGUAAUAAAGAAGUUGGAUGUUAAAUAAUGAUAGAAACUAUGGAUUAAUCAUUAAAUAAAUCGAUAUUCUUGGAACUUAAAUAAAAAGAGUUGGAUCUAUCAAUUAAUCUUAAAUAAACUUAACAUUUAAUUAUUCAUUCAUAAAUUAGUUCUUAAUAAUAAUAAUAAUUAAAGCCUUUCACUUACAAUUAAACAAAGGUUAUUAAAUAAAAGGAAUGGUGUAGAGCAAUAGCGAUUAAUAAAGAUAAUUCAAUUUUGGUAGUGGCUUGUGUUAAAUAGAUUAAAGUGUUUGAUUUCAAAGAAGAAUAAUUGAAAUAAACUCAGCUUCUGAAUGAGCAUUCUGAUGAUGUUAGAACUUUAAAUUUUAUGAAGAAAUCUAAUUAAUUUAUAUCAGGAAGCGAUGAUAAAUCUAUUAUAAUAUGGUGUAUGAAUGAAAAUAAUUAAUGGAUUUGCAAAUUAAAAUUAAAUGGACAUACACAUUAUGUCUAUUGUUUAAUAUUGAACAAUAAUGAAGAUAUAAUCAUAUCUGGUAGUGGAGAUUAAACAAUUAAAUUUUGGAUAAAACAAAAUGAAUGGGUUUGUUCAUAAACAAUCACAGAUCAUACUAAUGAUAUAUAUGGAUUAAGUAUUAAUGAUUAAUAAAAUAAAGUGAUUUCUUGCGGAUGUGAUAAUUUAAUAUUGGUAAUAGAACAAUCAUCACAUAAUUAAAAAUGGAAUGUUAUAUAAAAGAUAACAGUUGAAUAGUAUGGUAUUAGAAUAUGUUUUAUUAAUGAUGAAGUUUUCACAUUUUAACCUAAAUGUAAAGAGUAGAUGCAGAUUUAUCAAAUGAAUAGUACUAAUAAAUAGUUUUUAAAGACAAAAGACAUUAUGGUUAAAAGUGAAUAUUCAGAUGAUAAUUAUUAAUUUCCUUCAUAAUAUAUUAAGUAGAAAUGCCUAAUUAUAUGCAAGAACGGAUAAAAUCUUAAUCUAAUUAGGAAAAAGCAAAAUGGAGAUUUAGCCCUUGAAUAAUCAAUUGAAUUUGGAACACAUAUAGUAUAUGGAUAAAUGAGUGAUGAUGGAGAGUAUUUGAUUACAUGGAAUAAUAAAUAAAAAAAAAUUCAAAUAAGAAAAUAUGAAGAAAAUUGA